UUCAACUCAGCUCAUGGCUUCUCAGCUAUCCGGUUCGUCACGGUGGAAUAACACCGAAUUAGGUGGUUUUUUAAAGAAGUGUUUCCGCUGCAAUAAGGAUAUCGACCCCAAAUCCGACAUCUUUAUGGGCGGAGACUAUCGUGCAUUCUGCUCACCUGAAUGCCGCGAUGACCAGAUUGCUGCAGAUGAAGCAGCUGCAAAGAGACAGGGAAAGGGAAAGAGAGAGGGAACAGGAACGGGAACGGGAACGGGAACGGGAACGUCAUCAAAAUCCAAAAAGUGAUGACUUGUUGUGUUG